CAGCUAAUGACAGCUGACACUUCCGGGAUCAUGGCCGCUUGGAGAGCAAUAGUCCCAGUUCUGAUGCGGAGAUUGGGGAGCGCUGGUACUGGAUGGGGAAGAAGACCAGUCAGCGUUGUCCGGCUUGCAGGAGUUGGACUGGCCGUUGUAGGGACGGUGUGUUCUGGUGCGCUUCUACUAACAGGGACGAAGCUGCGAGGGACUGAACGUCUGACGGUGUUAGCGCAGAAAGAAGAUGCCAAUGAUGAGGCAAAAGAAAACCAGUCAAUUAGAAAGCAGCGCUUCAUGCAGUUUGCAUCACUGAAGUAUGAAGGAGAUUACUACAUGACCCCAAGGGACUUCCUCUUCUCUGUCAUGUUUGAGCAGAUGGAACGUAGGACUAUAUCGAAAACGAUAGCAAAAAAGGAGUUAGAUGCUAUGUUGUCUCAAGCAACAAAGGCCAAACCAGGAUGCACUUUUUUCCGAGAUCUUGGAGAUAAAGGACUGAUUUCUUACACGGAAUAUUUAUUCCUGCUGACAAUUCUCACAAAGCCACAAACUGGUUUCCGCAUAGCGUUUAAGAUGCUGGAUACAGAUGGCAAUGAGCAGGUUGAGAAGAGAGAGUUCUUUAAGUUACAGAGAAUUCUUGGGCACAAAGAAGACAUGAAGAUGGGCUCUGGAGGAGUAACCUCUACACAGGAACCGUCUUCAGACAGUUCUGAUGUCAAUACAACACUGCUUGUCCAUUUCUUUGGCCGAGGAGGGAGAGAGAAGCUCCAGUACUCAGAAUUUUACAAAUUUAUGGAGAAUUUACAAACAGAAAUUCAAGAAAUGGAAUUUAUUCAGUUCUCAAAAGGCCUGAACUUCAUGAGGAAAGAAGACUUUGCUGAGUGGCUGCUUUUCUUCACGGACGAGGAGAACAAUGACAUGUACUGGCAGAACGUUCAGGCUCGGAUCCCUCCCGGAGAGAGUAUCAGCAUGGAUGAGUUCAAGAGUUUCUAUCAUUUCAUGAACAACCUAGAAGAUUUCUCCAUAACAAUGAAAAUGUUCAGUAGUGCAAACAGAGCUGUAAAGAUGGCCGAAUUCAAAAGAGCAGUGAAAGUGGCAACGGGCCAAGAGUUAUCAAACAAUGUGUUGGAUACUGUCUUCAAGAUCUUUGACCUCGAUGGGGACAACUGUUUAAGCCACGGGGAGUUUUUAGGCGUUCUAAAGAACAGGCUUCACCGGGGCUUAAAGCACGUGCCCCAGCAGCAAGGCAUGCACGGAUACUGGAAAUGUGUCAAAAGGGAAACUAUUAAGGGAGCCAAUGAAGUCUGGAAGCAAACUGGGAAAAGUCCAUUCUAACGUCUCUCCCAAUGAAUUACUCUGCGUCUGUGCUGGUUGUGGCUUUACUAGUGUGGAGUUUUCAUGUAUUUCUGCUUACGUAUAUAUAUCUGUGAAUGUUUACAGCAAACUAACAGCGUGCAUCUCAAGUUAUAUCUUAUAUAUAUAUAUCACACCGCUCUGCCCUGGGGGAUAGAUCUGACAGGCUGCAGGAGUCUACUGGGUGCAGUGUUGUACAUAUGACUCUAGUGCAAUAAAUAUUCAACAUAUACCAUCAUGUAGAACACACAGAGGUGCAGCAGCUGCAAAAUCAACCCAAAUGCAAGAAUUACUUCUAUCGCCAUCAGGACCGCCAUCAGAAAUCGCUGGGCCUCAUACAACAAAAUUUCCUGGGCCCCCUGGGCUACGCCCACUGCAAGCCCCACCUACAGGUCCGCCCUCCCCACCACACAGUAAAAAAACAAAAAAAAUAUUGGUGGCUAGGGUUCCCACACAUUAAUAAAAAGUAAAAAGAUAUUGGUGUCCAGGGCCCCAUAAAAAAACAUUUGUGGCCAGGGCCCCCCCAUUAAAAAAUAUUGGUGGCUAGGACCGCACAUGAAAAAAAAAUUGGUGGCCAAAAUUGGUAGCCAGUGCCCCCCCACAUUAUAAGAAAAUUGGUGGCCAGGGCCCCUUAAACAUCCAUGCCUUCCCGAAGUCAGCAGCUCUCAGAAAGAUGGGGGGCCAGCUAAUCAAGUAUGUGUGGCAUGGCCAGGCCCCCCUUACCCUUGGGGCCCCCUACAACUCUCCCCCCCUGAUGGCUGCCCUGAUCACCAUAGACUCUCCCUGAAUCCUGUAACCUGGGUACCAGGCUCUGCUGCCAGUGCUUUAGAUUAAGAAUAUGUUUCCGUACACAUUGGUUCCUGUGGGCAUUGUGUUUACUAUGCAGUCUGCUAGCAGUUGGUCGUGUUGGAAGUUGAGGGUGUUCAGUUAGUAAAUCCAGUGCACAGCUUCAGACUCACCUCUCCUCAGUUCCUAUUAAGGCAGGCUGGGAGAUGGAAGUCUCACUUCCUAAACACCUACAACUUCUAGCAACUGUACUUUACUAAUAGCUGCUCUCUACUCGACCUGUGUCCUUCCACUACUGCAUGUAAGUCAUGCUUUCCUACUGGUUAAUGUUAUGUUUGUCCCAUUGGAUCAUGUCUUGGCAGGGGCAUAACUAUAGAGUAACUAUAGGGGCCCAGGAGGUAUAGGGGCCCCAUGAGGCUCUAGUUUAUAUACAAUUUCAAUAAAUAUUGAUAAAACAGGACAACCUCUGGAUAUGUUGGGGCCCCUAAAAUUAAUUUGCUGUGGGGCCCAGUAACAUAUAGUUAUGCCACUGUGUCUUGGAGUCUCUAUUGAGUAACUGCCAACACAAAGGGACCAACAGCUCAAGGAUUAUUCAGUUAAAACUAUAAACAGCAUUUCCAUGAUCCAUUCUACUUCCAUGUACUCAUUCACAUUCUCCUAGCCCUGAGCUCUGCACCUCCUGUUCCAUAUUUAUUUUUACUACAGGACGGAAUGUUGGUUUUGUUCAACUUUAAAACUGGAUUCGGUGACUAACAAGUGAUUCUAUAUUUUUGUGGUAUUAUAUGGGUGUCUUUUUAACAAAUGAAAGCAGAAUUAUCUACCUGCAAGUGAAUGUGUAUUUUCUACUUAUUAUUUUUCUCUGAAGGUUCAAUCAAUAAAAUAUGGAUAAUUCUA